AUGGACAUCCCAGAUCCCACCACUCAACCUUCAAGCUCGUUUUGUCUUCAUCCUGGAGAGAAUCCAGGUACUACUCAUAUUUUUCAGAUUCUCAAUGAAACUAACUACUCAUCUUGGAGCAAGAAUUUGAAAAGGGCUCUUCUCUCCAAAAACAAUAUCAAAUUCAUUGAUGGCAGUAUCAAGAAGACACCAAGAACCGACCCUUUGUUUGAUGCUUGGGAAAGAUGUGACACCAUGGUUUUAUCUUGGAUCAUCAAGACCCUUUCAACCCACAUUGUAGAUAGUGUCAUGUAUGUUGACAUGCCAAAGAUUUGUGGGAAGAACUUAAAGAAAGAUUUUCUAAAAGAGACUAUUUUAAGAUUUCGGAUUUACUAUUGGGUAUACAUUCCAUUAAACAGGGAGAGCUAG